AUGUCAGGUCUCGACAGCAGCCCAGGAGCCACUGGCGAGGAGUCCUUAUCACCACUGGAGCAAGAAGUACUCGACGAAUACGUGCGGCUAGCAGGAAAUCUGGGAGAUCUCUCUGCUCUACUCAGUGACUUGGCUUCACGUCCCAGCGCAGAGAUUCUUGAUGCGUUAAGGGGCUUGGAGAGGAAGACAUCGACGGUGUUCACGCUGCUUAAGGCUAGUGUUUACUCUAUCGUUUUGCAGCAGGAGAUUCGCGAUGACGAGGCUGCUUGA